GGUGGCACUUAGUGUUACUAGUUGCACACUUUGCGUCAUUUGUUUCGUUUCAUGUUUAGUUAGCUGGCUGUAGUUGGAACGUUAGUCCGGGGAAAUCAGGGUGGUUGGAUCAGGUUUUGUUAGCUCCUCCUCAGGCAUAUUAGCCUGUUGAAGUUUUCAGGCGGUUCCCCACCAUGAGUCUACAGUCUCGGAGGAUCCGGCUGAAGCCUUGGUUGGUCGCCCAGGUGAACAGCGGGAAUUACCCGGGCUUGCGGUGGAUAAACUCUGAGCAGAAGCUCUUCCAGAUACCCUGGCGCCAUGCCACCCGCCACCUGCCCGCACAGGAGGAUGAGAACACCAUAUUUAGAGCCUGGGCUCUGGAGACUGGAAAGUACCAGGAGGGCGUGGACGAACCCGACCCCGCAAAGUGGAAGGCCAACCUGCGCUGUGCCCUGAACAAAAGCCGCGAGUUCAGGCUCAAAUACGACGGCACCAAGGAGACGCCCGUCCAGCCGUACAAGAUUUACGAGGUGUGCGACCAACCGUAUAACGGAGAUGCCGGGGAUGAUGAUGAGGAUGAGCUACCAGACAUUGUAGGUCUCUCAAUUGAUGGCAGAAUGGGAGAGGUGCCCGGUUAUGCAGCUUUCUCUGGCAUCCCAGGGGAGGUGCCCUUCAUAAACUCCGCCAUGAGUAACAGUUACCUGGCCCAGAUGGCAGUGCCACAUGGCGGGGUCCCUGUGGCCCCCGGCGGGGGCGUCCCCCUGGUCGGCAUGCCCCUGCCAGACUACCAGACCCCCGUCCCCCUGGUGGGCGAGGUGGGCGGCGGCUUCGGCCACGGCGGCAGUCUGCCGGGCGUGCACGUGGAGAUGGCCCCGCCCCCUGUCCCGGCGGUCAUUGAGGACAGCCCAAUGCUGGAGGUGCAGAAUCGGGGGGCGGGGCCGGUGCAGCCCUGUAUCUACGACCUGCUCAGCAGCCCCCAUAUGCUGCCCUUGACCGAUCUGGACAUUAAGUUCCAGUACCGGGGCCGGGCGGCCAGCACCCUGACCGUCAGUAACCCGCAGGGCUGCCGGCUGUACUACGGCCAUCUGGAGCCCACGCCGGACCAGGUGGACCUGUUCGGCCCUGUCAGCCUGCAGCAGGUCCUGUUCCCCGGCACUCAGGAGCUCUCCAACGACAAGCAGCGCUUCUACACCAACCAGCUGCUGGAUGUGAUGGACCGCGGCCUGAUCCUGGAGAUCGAGGGCCAGGACAUCUACGCCGUGCGCCUCUGCCAGUGCAAGGUGUUCUGGUCCGGCCCGGGCGUGUUCGAGCAGGGCCCACCCAACCCCAUGGAGAGGGAGAAGAGGAUCCGAGUGUUCAGUCUCAACAGCUUCCUGCACGGUUUGAUCCUGUACCAGAAAGGAGAAGCGCCGGCCCCACCCCCCUUCGAAAUCUACUUCUGUUUUGGAGAGGACUGGCCUGACAGGAAACCCAAGGAGAAGAAGCUGAUUAUCGUCCAGGUGAUUCCCGUAGUCGCCCGGAUCCUGACAGAGAUGUUUUCGGGUGAGCUCUCCUGGUCUACAGACAGCAUCCGCCUGCAAAUCUCCAACCCGGACCUCAAGGACCAGACGGUGGAGCAGUUCAAGGAGCUGCACAGACUGUUACAGAACCAGCAUGCUCAGGGCCAGUGGGGCCAGACCAUGUCCUGAGCAGAACGCUCCUGCUUUAAUUCCACACUGGGAUUGGAACCAAAGCCAUACCAGCACAGACUUCUGUUGUGCACACGCCUGUUCCAUGGUGCAAGGACCGGCUUUUACGGGUCUGUCUGAGAUGUCAUGUCCCGUGGUGCAUCUUCAGCUCCCAUGAUGUGUCAGCCAUUUUCCUGUAAGGAACAGCUGUGCUGAGAUCAAUGGAGACCAGGGGCCAAACUCUGGCAAACAACUAGCCAAUAUUCUGCCUACUGUAUAUUUGAUAAAUGGUUUUUAAGAGUGAGAUUUCACUUGAAUGUGAUGCUUCAGCACAAUAUUAAGACAUUGUGGUAUUUUUAUUUCAAUAAAAACCAUACCAGUAUGA